GGGGGCUCGCGUGUCGACUGCCUCUGCAGCGUCUGGUCCCAGCUGCCUACCAAGAAGAAGACGUCGAGGCAGGCGCAGACCUUUGUGGAGCUGCUGCCGCAGCUGCAGGAGAAUCGCGCGGCGGACCUCCCAAAGCAAGUGGACGCGUUCUGGAAGAUCGUCGCCGACGUCGGCCGAGCUGGGCGGAAGGAGCUGCUCGUCGGCCAGGAGGCCAGCCCUUCCUGCACCAAGACGCUGAAGUCCUUUGCGAAGAGCCUGCCUCCUCCCCUGGCUGUCGAGCAGUUCUUCCGCAUCCUGGAGGAGUUCGAUGCCGCCACUCCUGCCUACCAGUUCAUUCAGAGCGACAUCUGCUGCUGCAGCCGUGAUAAGCCGGACGGCGCUCACGACGCUCUCGCGCUGCGCGUCUUCGAGCGCUACCUCCAGAAGGAGGGCCUCACCUCCGUGCAGGCCACCAGCAUGUUCCAAGUGCUCCUCAAGGACGCCCGGAGCAGAGACGUUGUGCAGAAGGCAUUCGGACUUCUGGUGCAGAGCCUGCGCGGCAAGAUGGAGCUAGGGUUGAUGCAGGGGGUGGUUCAGAAGAUGCACAAGCUGGAGCGCGAUGCAUCAGACAAGGCGACGGCCAAGCUGACGCCGCCUGCCGCACUCCCCGUCCCGGUGCACUGGGCCAACCUGGUCAAGCUGCCCGAGGGGGCGUCGUCCCACGCUCACUUCAUACUGCACGUGCUGCACUCCGGCACCGCCGCCACGGAGCUCUUGGGGGCCAUGCUGCAGAAGUACGGGCCCGCCUUCUUCUGGGACUGCCUGGCCUUCGUGCUGCAGGCGUCCUCGGCCAAGAAGCCGGCGGCGCAGCUGCUCGCGGAGCAGCGCCCGCCCGCCGUGGACCUGGAGCUGCUGCGCAAGGUGGACCUGGUCAGCCUCGGGAAGCCGCUGCCAGAGGGGGCGCCGGCUGCCGGUGCGGAGGCAGCCGAGGGGGUCGGGGCGGUGAGCGUUUAUUUCGAGAAGCUGGAGGAGACGAAGAGGAAGACGCUGGGCAAGGAUUCGAAUGCAAGGGGGGAUGGCUACCUGGAGCUGAUCGGCCUGGCUCAAAAGGACGUCGACCCAGAGAAGGCGUUCGCCGAUCUCCUGCCGUUCGUGGUCGGCAAGCUCAAGGGCGAGCAGGACGGCGUCCGCUUGACGGUCUUGUCCAGCCUGCUGCGUGCGGAGAGCUUGCCGCGGGAACUGUGGAAGGGCUUCCUGCAGCACCUGCAGGCGCUGUGGAAGAUAUGCGCCAAAGACCGGGAGGCAGACCCCGAGAACAUCUGGGGCUCCGUCGGCUCGGCGCUCGUCGAGGACGCAAUCCGGGAGUGGGAGGACAGUGAUGAGCCCAGCCCGGCGGGCAAGUUCGGCCUGGAGGUGGUCAGCACCAUCGACAGCUGCCAGUACCAGAAGACGCUGCACCAUCGCCUGGUGGACAUCUUCGUGAAGCUUCAGAAGGGGCGCAAGGAGAACCAGCCGCUCAGCGACAAGGCCGCCCGAUGGGUGUUCACUCAGAGCCUCGCGGCUGGACAGGAGGGGGUCCCUCCGAUCCAGCAUUUCUGGCAGGUGCUGGAGCGGCUGGCGCAGAUCGUGCCGGCCGGGAAAGGGGCGGAGCGAGCGCUGUGGGAGAAGUGGGCCUUCGUGAGCGAGCGCUGGAUGCAUGUCCUGGAUGACAGCGCCUCCCCGCUGGGGGCCGAGUUCACCUUCGUGGGCGUGGUGGAGCUGCUGACGGCGAUCGCCGACAGGGUCGAGUAUAAAAUGGAAGACGCACCGCUCGGUGCGUCGAGGAAGCGUAACCUGCCUUGGUGGGAGCCGCUGGACUCAGAGGAGUACCGGGUCGCCGUCUCGGCCAUCUUGGAGCAGAUCGAGUCGCAGGAGAUCCCCCCGAAGGAAGCCUCCUCCAUGAUCGAGCGCCGCGUCAGCGCCCUGGCCAAGAAGGAAUGCAGGAACUGCCUGGGGGACACGAGGAAGUCGUGCGAGUGGAAGGUUUGGGCGCGCCAGCGGUGCGCGAAGAAGGCGCUGUCUUGGAGCUGGAGGCUGGAUCUGAAGGCGCUGUCUUGGGUCGAGAGAUUCGAGUGGGACGUGCAGAAGCAGCGUAGGUAUAACCCGGUCCCCCACGACACGUACCGCUGCCGCGAGUCCAUUGCCGACGGGGAGGUUUCUGCCCUUUCCAAGGUUCUCAAGCUUGCCAAGAGCCAGGCGAACAAUCAUCGCCACGUCCUCUGGCAAGUGACUCAAGUGGCCGCCCAGCUCUCUGGGCCAAAGGUGCAGGCACUGCUGCAGGAUGCCAUCGCCGAUUUGGAUCCGCGCUUUGAGGGGAUGGCUAGGGCCAUCGGCAGGCAGUACCCUUACAUGAAUGCGGUGCUGACGAAACAGGAGGAGCAGGACGGCUGCUCCGACGUGCUCACCCCGCUGCUCGAGCUCCUGCUGCUCGACGACGGCACCCGCGACGCCUCCGUCGGCGAGAUCAUGAAGCGAAGCGACUGCCACUACUUCCUCUUCUUCGGCACGAGCUUCGCGCGUCACCUCAGCAAUGCGCGCCAGGAGUGGCUGCACCGCUGCCUGGAGCGGCUGCGUGAGCCAGAGGAGCUGCAGGGAGAGCCCGAGUUCUACUCGUACCUGUGGCGCGGCCCGAGGCUGACCGACCUGGCGCAGCUGGGCACCAAGUGGAGGAGAGCGCUGGCCUGCGAGUGGACACCGAGCGUCGCUCCCGCGCUCGCCAAGGGCAAGGGCGGAGGCAAGGGCGGAGGCAAGGGCAAGGCCGCGGGCAAGGGCAGCGGCAAAGGCAGCGGCAAGGGCACGGGCUCCAGCGGCUCGGGCGAGAGGGGACCGCCAGGCGUGCAGAUGUACCUGUGGCACUCCGAGACGCAGGCCCUCUUCAUCCGGAAGGCCCUGCACGCCAACGACAACACCAGCCUCGUUCUGGCGUCGCGCGCCGAGUUCGCCGACGGCUUCGCGGUGGUGCGGCGCAAGCUGCAGAGGUUUCCCCAGGAGCAGUCAGUGAAGCAGACUGGGGACGGAUUCGGUUGGCAGAUCAUCCAGGCAGCCUGUGCCUUCAACGACAUCAAGGCGGAGGUGGAGAGGCGCUUCCUGGAGCAGCCGCCCCCGUGGGCGUGCGACGCGAUGACCGACCCGCAGGCGGACGUGCUGAUGUGGUCCAUGGGUCGCUGCGACUUGGAGGAGCCUGCGCUGAAGAUCAUCGGGACGUUCAUGCGCUCCCACGAGGCCAAGCUGAAGAAUGCCAAGAUCUCGUCGACCAAGCUGAUGCUGCAGGCGAGCCCCGUGAAGGCCCGACGGCUCCUCAAGGACAUCAUGCUGCCGCGGAAGGCCGGGGUCGGCAUGCAGACGGCGGGCCUGCGCCUCCUCGUGGACCUGAAGAUCCCAGAGCCGCUGGAGCUGUACAGCGCAGCGUGGAGCAAGGGCAAGUGCCCGCGCGACGUGGCCGGCAUUGUCUUGGGCAAGAUAAACAAUUUGCAGAGCUCUUCGCCAGAGCAGUCGGAGCAGCUGCGCGGAUUCUACACUUUCUUCAAGGACAUGGCAGACGAGCAGGAGGAGUGCAUCUAUGUCGCGGGCCUGCUGCUCGACCAGCUCGCCGAGGUGAAGGAGUGGUCGCUCCCGUUCCUGCCCGAGGUGGUGGCGGAGCUCGCGAUGCUCCCCGGGAUGACCAGGAAAGCGCUGGACGCCCUCAAGGCCUCCAGCUCCCACGUCAGCGAGGUUGUGCGGGCCGUCACCAGCCUGCUGGGCUCCGCGCGCCUGGCUGCCCGUGCCUGCCUCGGGUCCUCGGCGGACGCCGCCGGGCCCGAGGCGCAGACGCUGCAGGAGCUGUCGGAGGUGUGGUCGUUCACCACGCUGGACGGUCUGGUGCGGAGCAUGAGCGCGAUGUCGCUGGAGAGCUGCGAUCCAGAGGUGCUGAGGGGCUUUGUCGACUUUGCAAUGAGGCUGUUCCAGGAGAACGCGCACAAGGACCUCAACCAGGGGAGCAGCCUGGGCCUCGUCCUGGCGCUCUGGGUCAAGCUGCUGCGCCCGGGCCGGGGGCAGGAGUGGCCGCCACUGCUGUCCCGCAUGGAGGCCAGGCUGGUUCGCUACGGGAAGCUGCGCGACCUCGGGCUCAUGUCGGGCAAGGUCGUAGAGCGCACGCUCUCCCUGGAGCUGGGCGCGGAGGAACGCGGGGCCGUGCUCGCCGUCGUGGGGGACUUCCUGGACCGGCUGCUGCUCACGCACCUCGCCGGCAAGGGAGAGCCGGAGGCCGAGGCUUCGGACGAGGCCUUCAGGAAGCAGGACGCGGAGAGGCGCAAGGUGGAGACGGAGGUCCUGAUGAAGCAUUGGACGGGGCUCCUCGCGAAGGGCUGCCCAGAGCGGGAGUUCGACAGGCUUUUCGGGCGCUGCCCCGAGAGGAACCGCCUCGACCUGGCCAGCGCGGUCGUCGACGCCGCCAUCAAGGAGUGCGAGAGGGAGCGCGAGGCUCGGGGCAGGCAGCGGAGGCAGCCGCGGCCGCGCCGCGAGGCCGGGGUCCCCGUCGAGGACGUCAGGGUCGGUGCAGCGGUGGGCGGCACCGUGACGAGCUCUUC